AUGGCUGACGAACUCAAUGUUGACAGUCUUAUUCACAGACUUUUAGAAGUUCGAGGAUGCAGACCAGGAAAAACAGUCCAGAUGUCAGAAUCCGAGGUGCGAGGUCUUUGCACCAAGUCUCGGGAAAUAUUUUUGCAGCAACCUAUAUUACUGGAACUAGAAGCACCACUAAAAAUUUGUGGUGAUAUUCAUGGUCAGUACACAGACUUGCUGCGUCUUUUUGAAUAUGGAGGUUUUCCACCAGAAGCUAAUUAUUUAUUUUUGGGUGAUUAUGUUGAUCGUGGAAAACAAUCUCUUGAGACCAUAUGCCUUCUGCUUGCAUACAAAAUAAAGUAUCCUGAGAACUUCUUUCUUCUGCGAGGCAAUCAUGAAUGUGCAAGUAUAAACCGUAUUUAUGGUUUCUAUGAUGAAUGCAAACGCCGAUAUAAUAUAAAACUCUGGAAGACAUUUACUGAUUGUUUCAACUGCCUACCGAUAGCUGCUAUCAUUGAUGAGAAAAUUUUCUGCUGCCAUGGUGGUCUCUCCCCAGACUUGCAGGGCAUGGAACAAAUCAGACGGAUAAUGCGACCUACAGAUGUUCCUGAUACAGGUUUGCUUUGCGAUCUGUUGUGGUCUGAUCCAGAUAAAGAUGUGCAGGGAUGGGGUGAGAAUGAUCGCGGUGUAUCAUUUACAUUUGGUCCAGAUGUUGUUAGCAAGUUUCUCAACAGACAUGAUUUGGAUUUAAUUUGUAGAGCUCAUCAGGUGGUUGAAGAUGGUUAUGAAUUUUUUGCAAAGAGGCAACUUGUUACUCUUUUUUCUGCACCCAAUUACUGUGGAGAAUUUGACAAUGCUGGAGGCAUGAUGUCUGUUGAUGAGACACUUAUGUGCUCUUUCCAGAUAUUAAAGCCUUCUGAGAAGAAAGCAAAGUAUCAGUAUAACGGCAUUAACAGUGGAAGACCAGCUACACCUCAAAGGUCACCUCCCAAGAAGAAAUAA